AUGCCACAAUGAGCACCUUCUUAGAUUUUACGACCAUAAGUGGUGGAGACGGAGGUGGCGGGGGCUCUUGCUCAGUUAGAGCCUUCCAUGGCGACCACGGACAUUCAACAUUCCAAUCGUGUGCUGUCAGGGUAAAUAACUGCACCGGGGACGAGCGAUUCAUGUCCAGUAGAUCAUCUCAAGAGGCAAUUCCCCCUCAUCCACAUCAAGCCGGGACGUACCAGUCCCCCGGGACUCUUUCAAUCACCUACAGCGCCCAUCCGAGUUACGGGACUCAAAGUUUUUGCGCCGGAUACAAUCACUAUGCCCUAAAUCAGGAUGUGGAGUCAUCUGUAAGCUUUCCCCAGUGCGGCCCGUUAGUUUACUCUGGAAAUAUUUCCUCGACAGUCGUGCAGCACCGUCAUCAUCGCCAUGGUUACAGCAGCGGAAACUCUCACCUGAACGGCCAAUUCCAGUACGCCAGAUAUGGUAAUAGUUCAGAUCAAGCGAGCCUUACGUUUGUGGCGGGCUGCUCAAAUCCGCUAUCCCCUCUUCAUGCGACCCAUCACGACGCAUGUUGUUCACCUAUGUCAGAUGGCGUGUCCACGGGGCAGACAUUUGAUUGGAUGAAAGUUAAACGGAACCCACCGAAAACAGGAAAAGCUGGAGAGUAUGGAUUUGGUGGGCAGCCAAACACUGUGCGCACCAACUUUACCACAAAGCAACUGACAGAGCUUGAAAAGGAAUUUCAUUUCAACAAGUACCUGACUCGCGCGAGGCGAGUGGAGAUUGCAGCUGCGCUCCAGCUGAACGAGACUCAGGUGAAGAUUUGGUUCCAAAAUCGUCGUAUGAAGCAGAAGAAGCGUGAAAAGGAAGGUCUUUUGCCCAAAUCUCCAUCCGAACCAAAGGACGGUCCUGAAAAACCCGAGGACGCCUCGGAAAAGUCGCUGUCCGCACCAUCGACACCAUCCUCCACCGCUGAUCCCUACUCCCCGAACUAGAAGGCUGUUGUGUUUGUUCUGCCAUCAUGAACGUGACUCUCGUGUCAAAGUCAUUGUCAAAUUCAUCUUGUCCAUAAACGGACACUAGUGUUCACGUAGAGAACAAUGCACUGUUUAGACCUGAACAAUUUUGACACCUCGAUGUAUUUUACCUGUACCUUGCCGUUUUGUCAACAGACUUAAUUGUCUUGGGCACCUUGUCAAUUAGCUAGACAACAAGUUUUACAAGUGGUUUGUACAUUUUCGGACACAGCAAACGCUGCACUUUUACACACAUCUUUGCUAGGUCGGACCUGUACGCCACUUGUUAAAAUGCCUACCUCAUGAACUGGAUGAUAGUGCAAUAUGUCUAAGGUAUGUAUGAAUCUAAGAUAAAGAUUAAUUUAUUGUAAGUCUUGAUGGAAGUUACCCUUUCUGAAUCGUGAAUGGUGUUAAGUCUGAUUAUUGUAUCCAUACGAGUUAAGCAUCAUAAUGCUUCAUAAUGCAUUAUGCAUAAAGCAUCAUAAUGCAUAAUGAGUUAAGCAUCAUAAUGCUUAACUCCGUAAAGUUGUCGACCUGUCAUACUGAGUUUUAUCAGUCAGAUAAAUGAUGGGUCAACCCUUUCCAUAGGCCUACUUUAGAAAAAGAUCAAGACACGGGUGAAUUAAAUGUGUGUAUUAAA